GCAAAAGACCUGUCACUACACUCUGCACAAUUUGUUGAUUUUUAUCUGAUUAUUGUUCCAGAAAUGUAAACAGUAGAUGAGAAACCGAAAUAUCCCCCAUAUUUCAUGAUGAAUGGUGACUUUCCAAGUGCAAGACCCGGUACGGCAGCUACUUACACAAUGGACGAUUCCGAUGAAGAAGAUAUAAACCUCCCAAACAGUGACGAAGAGGAACCCAGAAAAACAACCAGCAGGAGACCAAAGUCUUCGAAGCAGACAUUUCUCACCCAGAGUCGCUCCACAAAGCGAGGAGGUCGGAGGCCGAAGGUUACUCAGGCACAGAGUAAUCUUGAAGAGAGACCACCGUGGGUUCAGCUGUCCAUCAGAGGAGCAAUGCCCACUCCUGAUAUGACGGUCACACAUAUCAAUCAGACCUAUGAUAAAGUGAGAGCCCGAGACAUGGCAGCCAUGUUUAAUGAGGGACAGACCUCCACUGACUGGCUGAAAAAUCAUAGCAUUGAGCAUUUCAACCUGACGCUUAAAGAUCUUCUCAGUAAAGGACAGAUCGUCAGGCCUAAGAGUAAUAUACAGAAAUCGAGUAGCUCACCCAAAGAGCUGAAGUUUGAGGCUAGCGUCGUCAAUGAGUUUGAGUACAAACUUUAUGAGAGCAUUGAAAUGUACCACAAUCGCAUCCGAUGGUUGUUGAAGGGAAGUAGGAAGACCUUUGGAAUGAUUAAAGGCAACAAGGUGGCCAUCGUUGUGGACAGCUCGGACUCCAACUGUGGCUUCGGACGUGUCAGCCAUUUUAGAGACUCGCUAACGACAUUGAUUGAUGAGCAGCUACACAACAGAGAGAUGUUGUAUUUCAUGUCAUUUGGUACCGACACAGACUCCUUAUGGCACACACCUAGAUACACCAAUAUCAGAAUUCUUGACGAAGCACGCUACUGGGUGAACAGUCUCUCUGGGAUGGGAGGAUGCAAUCUUCUAGCUGCCAUUAAGAAGGUUCUUAAAGUCAAGGAUGUGGACUCCAUCGUCGUGGUUAUGGGAAGCUGCCCUGACCAGAGCGCUGAGGCCCUGGUAGAGUACAUAGAGCAAGUCAUCGUUGGUCGUCAAGUCCCGUUGCACUGUGUAGCAUUCGACUGUAACAAUCACCUGACUAAUAAAAAGAAAACCAAUCCUAAGUUAACACUACGCAAACUAGCUGAUAUAUCUGGAGGGAGGUAUCACGUCUACGCAUCAGGAGCGGAGGAGCAAAUCUACACUGGUACAGACAUCACCAUGCUACUUCGGGAGAUACGAAUAGCUCAAGAUGUCAUUAAUAAGAUACAGGAAAUGAGGCAAGGCAUGAUGGGAGAUGCUCUCGUUAGCAUCUUGAAUGAGAUAUCCCUGGAGGUACAGAAGCUACCCCAGUCAAGGUUUCUACCGAGACCUCCAAACCACACCACUCCUCUGGCCAUAGAGGAGCCCUCAUUCCUACCCAAGACAUCUGAAGAAUGGCUGCAACAGAAUGGACUCAAAGGAAAGAGACUUUCCCUGUACCAAGUCCUGGCUCCCAAUGCCUUCAAUCAGAUUGAAGAGUUCAUUCCUGUCAUCAGGAAAUCUGUUCGCUCUCAGACACACGAGAAAGCAAUGACUCAGUUCGAGUGGCACGACGGUACGAUCAAGAACAUCCACGUGGACCCAGCGUUACUCUUUGACUACCAGAAACAGCUGGGGGCGACAGUCAAGCUGUAUGAACGCAGAGUAGACUGGCUGUCAAAGGAAAGCAGAAGGCUGUUUGGUACCCUGACUGAAAAGAGGGUAGUGAUUCUGAUUGAUCUUUCAUUGAGUAAUGUCAACUACUUAGUACACAUCCAACAUUCCAUCAGGCUUCUACUGCAACAACAGCUACUUAACAAAGAGUCCUUUAAUCUGAUUGGUUUCGGCAGCUCUGCUCGUGCUUGGAGGCCAUGUAUGCAAGAACCAACUGAAGAGAAUAUACAGAUGGCAUGGAAGUGGGUACUGGGCCUGGAGUGCAGCGGAAGUCGUAACUUCCUGUCGGCUCUGAGACUAGCCCUGGAGAAUGAAGAAGAUCAAAAACGGAAUACCUCUGUUGAUGGCGUCUACCUCUUCACCAGCGGAAUCCCGGACCAGCUGCCUGAGGUCAUCUGUUCCUUCAUGGAGGAGGCCACAGUCGGCCAGUCUACACGCCUCCACUCUAUCCUCUUCAAUGUUGACGACUACGACAGCAAUGGCGCCAUCCCGGGACGCUACGCAAACAUCACGCAGAUGGCUGAGUGUCUCAGAACACUCGCUCAUGUGACCAGCGGACGAUUUCAUUGGUUCCGUGAGACGGGGAUCAUCGAGAGCGAUGAUAUUAAGGCAAUACUCAGUGAGAUGGACAAAGCUGUCAAUUACUCACAAAAGUGUGCAUUGUUAGUUGACUCUGUGAAGAAGAGGUCCCCAAAAUAUCAGGCAGAGUUGAUGAGCAACGCCCAAGAAGACCAGCCUAAGAUGUUACCAAUGAGACCCCAAUCAGCUAAGAAGAGGGCACUACCUGCCCCGAAGCACACAGAGCUCAGUCUCGCUCGCCUGCAAAUUACGGAGAACAAGGACAAGGAAGAAACUAAACCCAUCCCAAGGAGCAGGCCCUCUAGUGCCAAGAAAGAUCCAAGUAAGUUAGACUCCAACAGGCUUGCUACAGAGAAGGACAAGAAAUCAAAGAGACCGACCAGUGCUCAUAAAGUCAAACCAGCUAAGCAAGUUUUCUACACUGAGUUUAAGAAUGAAGUUGGGACCGUGUACAAACAAUACCCAGACAUCCUGAACAAGAAGAAGAGCGUGAGGAAAGCUAUAAAUCAUCCAGUCAUCCCAGACAGGGAAGAACUGAAAACGUCUAAAGAGUGGUUGAAAUUGUAUGGACUAUGCAAGUUACGUCUUGAUCUGAACAAGCUUGUAUCAGGCCCUGAAUGUACCCACGCUAAGCGACACAUCAACACACUCAACAAGGCUGUCACUGCUAAGUACUGCACCAUAUUUCCAAGUGUAAACGUAAAGGGCUCCGUGAGACAUCUUCAGGUUCAGGCGCAUGAGCUGCAAGACUAUGAAGUGCAGAUCGAACUGGUACUCCGUCGCUAUCUGCGCAGGCUUCAGUGGCUUCUGGGUACCAGCCGACGGACAUUCGGAGUCAUGGUCGAGAAAAAGGUGGUGGUACUGGUAGACACUUCGGGAUCAAUGGUGUCUCACAUGGAGGAAUUGAAACGAGAGAUGGUUGCCCUCAUCUGGGAUCAGUUCCAGCGGGAAAACAUCAGUUUCAACUUGAUCCGUUUCUCUGGUGACAUUGAGCCAUGGCGGAAUGGCAUCGUGGAACCGACAGAAGUCAACUGCCACGACGCUGUCAGAUGGAUCUCAACUUUCGCCCCUGUUGGAAAUACGUGUACCCUGGAAGCCCUACAGCGAGCAUUCCAAGACAAAGAUGUGGAGGCAAUCUACUUACUCACCGACGGCAAGCCAGACAGCAGUACGUCUAGAGUCCUGCGAGAGGUGGCUCAGGUCAACACCAUACGCGGAGUCAAGAUCCACACCAUCUCAUUCAACUGUGAAGACGAGACAGCCAAUAUUUUCUUGCGGCAGUUAGCAGCUAUGUGCCGUGGUCGUUACCAUCGCUGCUAUGCUGGAAUGGAUGGUGAUUUGAUGGCGCACAGGCUACUGGAAGAGGGAUUUAAAAACACAGAGCAUCCUAUGUUGCCGACCUUUGACAGUGAUGACCUGAGGCAGUUAGUGGCCGAGAUUGAGCAAGCUAGACACUUCUUGUCCCAGUCACGGUCCUUCAGACAGCUCUUUGGUACCACAACAAAACCACACGAGAAAAGUAAAACCAGUCGACAGAUGCCACCAAACCACAUCAAGCCAAUGCUGCCAGCGGGAACCAGUUAAAGUAUCAAGCCAAUGCUGCGAACUAACUCAGCCGGCCAUUUUGUAGAGUACAAAAUUCAACUCUACAAAAUGGCCGACCGGGUUAGUUCACGACGUAUAAGGAAAACCACGCAAUUUCAAGGCAUAUUUG